UUUUGCUUCAUAGUACUUCCUGCUCUUCUUCUUCUACAAUUAAGUUUCCACUCAACAAACUUUUUUUUAGGUAAAUCAUUACUUUCUGGCAGUUGUGAUUUGAAUACUGACUGUGAGAAUAAAGGGUCGGUAUGUUUACGAGGACGUUGUAGGUGUCACCCACAUUAUGUUGAAGUGGUCGAUGAGAAGGGACAUAAUCCACGCUGCAAAAGACUUCCGGCAAAGGUUGGUCAAUCAUGCAGCACAAAAUGUCGUGAACCGCUAUUUUGCCGAAGUGGACAAUGUCAGUGUGUUCAGCGGGGUACCACAACAUUAGUCAAUGGUCAGUGUGUGUCAAUGAGUCGAGUUGGUGAUCGUUGCACGCGGCAUUAUGAUUGUUCCGCACCCUUUUCUGCUUGCAUGAAUUCACAAUGCGUUUGCAUUAGUGGUACCAUACAACGUGGAACGCGUUGUGUUGUUGCACCCGCGUGUCCGCUAGGAGGCAAUCCAGGCAGCACGUGCAUCCGUAAAGCUAGCCAACAUUUAGUGGAAAAUUUCGUAAAUGAUGCUGAUAACUGUCCUUCUGGCCAGGUAUGCAUAACUAUUGGGGAUUCACCAGUUGGACACUGCUGUCCAAAAGUUUGCCCGUUGGGGACGCACCCAGAAUUUAAUUAUUCUUGUGAUCCAAACGCAACUUUACGUUGUCCUCCAGAUACGCAUUUCUGUCAUCGUAUUUCAGAUGGAGGAUUCUCACAAUCACUAUGUUGCCGUCGGCCGUGCAAUGCAAUGGCACCAAAAGCAUUGUACAUUAAUGGUACAUGUAUGCCACGAGGACAAUUGAAUUCCCAGUGCAGUGUAAAUGAACAAUGUGGUGGUGGAGAGAGUAUGAUGUGUAAAUUGGGACAAUGUGAAUGUUUGCCUGGUUUCCAUCCGCUGGUGGAUUCUGUAACGCACCCAUUGCGUAAUCCAAGUCAAAUGUGUACACGAGAUUGUGAAUCCGAAACACUCUCAAGAGAUACUACAUGCCUUAAGGAGGUACCACUAGAGGCUCACUGCUUCAUUCAGAGACAAUGUCCAGCAAAUUCUGGAUGUUACCGUGGUCGAUGUCAAUGUAAAUGCGGGUUCAGACGAGAAAGGCAGCGAUGUGUAGCACUACCUCCACCUACAACAACAACACAGCAACCUUCUAGUACGAUCUACCAUUUUUUUCUCAAGAUUUUCAGUCUGUCUUUGCAAGAAAAACCUUGA